CACCAACGCAAACCACUCCACAACGCCGAGCAUGAGACCCCUCGCCCUCCGCCCCCUCCUCCGGUGCCGCCGGCCGGCCAUCUCCUCCUCCCUCCCCUGUACCCGAAUCUCCUCCCCAUUCACACCACGCACACGCACCUACGCCAUUCAAGCCCCCGGCGCACCAACCCUCCAAGUCUUCAACUCGCACGUCAAGCACCUCCAGAAAGAGCGCGCAGCUUCCAAGCCAGAACAGAGCCGCGAAGUCGACUACCUCCGCGACGAGAUCGCUACCCGUCUCGCUGACCGCCUGCUCGACAUCAACCGCGACUUCCCCCACAUCCUCGACCUCGGCGCCAACGCAUGCAACCUCUCCCGCGCCCUCACCACGCCCCUCUCCCCCACCGAAGCCCCCGCCAGCGAGCGCAUCGGGCACUUAACCUGCGCCGAGACCUCGCCCACGCUUCUCCACCGCGACGACGCACUCCCCCUCCCCUCGCCAUUAGCCAUAACCCGCACCGUCCUCCCCACCCUCGAGUCCCUACCAUACGAAGCGGAUACUUUCGAUGCCGUCCUCUCUUCUCUGGCGCUGCACUGGGUUAAUGACCUCCCCGCGCUACUGGCACAUGUGAAUCGCGCGUUGAAACCAGAUGCGCCGAUUAUAGCUGCUAUGUUUGGGGGGGACACGUUGUUCGAGAUGCGCACUGCGUUACAGCUCGCAUCGCAAGAACGGCGCGGGGGUGUAGCGCCCCAUACUUCGCCAUUGGCGGAUGUGCGGGACAUCGGCGGGCUGUUGACGAAAGCGGGGUUCAAACUCCUGACAGUGGAUGUGGAAGAUAUCGUCGUCGAGUUCCCCGAUAUCUUCGCGCUGAUGAGAGACCUGCAGGCGAUGGGGGAGAGUAACGCGGUGCUAGGUAGGGAAAUGGGUGGGAUCGGACGGGAGGUGUUGGCGGCGGCGAGUGGGAUUUAUAAGGAGUUGUAUGGGGAGCCCGGGAAGGAGGGGAUACCGGCAACUUUUAGGGUGAUCUUUUUUAUUGGGUGGAAGGAGAGUCCGGAUCAGAUGAAGCCGUUGGAGAGGGGGACAGGAGAGGUGAAUAUGAAGGAUAUUUUGGGAGGGGGGAGUAUAAAUUGAGGGGG